CACACUGCAUCAAGGAUGGACACAGCCAGCAUCGCCUCCAGCGCUCAGGAACGGCCCAAAUGGGACAAUAAGGUCCAGUAUCUGCUGACAUGCAUCGGAUUCGCUGUGGGACUCGGGAACGUCUGGAGAUUCCCGUACCUCUGCCAGAUCUACGGAGGAGGUGCGUUCCUGAUCCCGUACCUGAUCGCGCUGGUCUUCGAGGGUCUGCCGCUGCUGUAUCUGGAGCUGGCCAUCGGUCAGAGUCUGAGGAAGGGCAGCAUUGGUGUCUGGCACUCCAUCUCUCCUCUGCUGGGUGGAGUCGGCGUGGCAUCAAUGAUCAUCUCGUUGCUGGUGGGUUUGUUUUAUAAUACCAUCCUGGCCUGGGUUCUCUGGUAUUUCUUCCACUCGUUUCAGGAUCCACUGCCCUGGAGCCAAUGCCCCAUCAACGAGAACCGCACCGGUUACGUGGAGGAGUGUGUCGCCAGCACACCGGUCAACUACUUCUGGUACAGACAGACGCUGAACAUCUCGCCGGACAUCGAGGAGAGCGGCUCGCUGCAGUGGUGGCUCGUCGUGUGUCUGGCCUCGGCCUGGAGCAUCGUCUACAUCUGCUUCAUACGGGGCAUCGAGACCAUCGGCAAGGCCGUGUACGUGACGGCCACGUUUCCAUACCUGGUGUUGACCAUCUUUCUGGUGAGGGCCCUUACUCUGCCCGGGGCCACAGAUGGGCUUCUGUACCUCUUCACUCCAAACUGGACACUGCUGACGGAUCCUCAGGUUUGGCUGGACGCUGCGACGCAGAUCUUCUUCUCUCUGUCUCUGGCGUUCGGUGGACUCAUCGCCUUCUCCAGCUACAACCCCAAAAAGAAUGACUGUGAACGGGACGCUCUGUUUGUUGGGAUCAUUAACAGCGCCACGUCUCUCUACGCUUCCAUUCCCAUCUUCGCCAUCCUGGGCUUCAAAGCCACGAGCAACUACAACUCCUGCAUUUACAGUAACAUCCUGGAUCUGACCAAUGCUUUUGACGUCGCCGAAAAAAACAUCACGAUCGAGAACUACGAGAACUGGUUAACACAACUGAACACAACCGAUCCGGACAAAGUCUCCAGUCUGAACCUCAAACACUGCGACCUCCAGAACUUUCUGGACCAGAGUGCUUCAGGAACGGGGCUGGCGUUCAUCGUGUUCACGGAGGCUGUGAUCGAGAUGCCGGGCUCGCAGGUGUGGGCCGUGCUCUUCUUCGUCAUGCUCUUCAGUCUGGGUCUGUCCUCUAUGUUCGGUAAUCUGGAGGGAAUCCUGACGCCGCUGCUGGACCUGCACCUGGUGCCCAAAUGGAUGCCCAAAGAGCUCUUCACAGGUCUGAUUUGUGUGCUGAACUUCCUCGUGGCGCUGAUCUUCACGCUGGGAUCUGGCAACUACUGGCUGGAGAUCUUCAACAGUUACGUGGGCUCCGUCCCGCUCCUCGUCAUCGCCUUCUGCGAGAUCAUCGGCGUCGUCUUCUUCUACGGGAUGAACCGGUUCAGUGAUGAUAUCGAGAGCAUGACGGGCCGCCGGCCGAACCUGUUCUGGCGUGUGUGCUGGAUGGGCAUCAGUCCCAUCAUGCUGCUGGUGGUUCUGGUGGCGUACGUCGUGGUCCAGGUCCAGAAACACCCCACAUAUUUCGCCUGGAACCCAGAAUACGAAAACUUCCCGGAGUCGGAGGAGAAGCCGUACUCGAACUGGGUGUUUGCCAUCUGUGUGCUGCUGAGCUUCGUUCCCGUUAUCUCCAUCCCCAUCGUGGCCGUUUACAGACUGAUCCGACGGCAAACACAGCCACAGACCGGCAUCGGUCUCCCAAACCCCUACGACAACCAGUCCUUCAGCACAGAGAGCGUCAAAGCGCACUAGAGAAGCUUCCUAUCAUUCCCUGCCAGAAACAAACCCCUGCAGGACCAGAACAUUUCCUUCAGGAAGAAACACUGUUUUCACCGUUUUCAGGAUCUGAACUCUGAAAUUGAAUACAACUUCACUGCAUCUUUACUAAAGAAAAACAAAUAUAAUCUCAAUGAAAAAUUUAAUUUUUGUUCUUAAAAUAGCAGAAAAAAGCAGAUAAUUUCCCCUCUAUCAAUUUACCUAAUGUUUUAUUUCUAAAUAUUAUUACUACCAGACCAAAUCCUUAGAUUAUUACUAAAUAUCUGACUGGUAGUUUUGAUUAAGACUAUCAGUCAAAUGUUUUUGAACAGUAAGAUUUUGAAUGUUUUUUUAAAGAAAGUCUCUUCUGCUCACCAAGCCUAUAUUUUUUGAUCCAAAAUACAGCAAAAGCUGUAAUAUUGUGAAAUAUUUUUACUAUUUAAAAUAACUGCUUUCUAUUUAAAAAUAGUUUCAAAUGUAAUUUAUUUCUGUGAUCAAAACUGAAUUUUCAGCAUCAUUACUCCAGUCUUGAGUGUCACAUGAUCCUUCAGAAAUUAUUCUAAUAUGGGGGGGUUAUAGAAAUUAAUACUUUUAUUUAGCAAAGAUGCUUUAAAUUGAUCAAAAGUGAUGAUAAAGACAUUUAUGUUACAAAAGAUUUCUAUUUCAGAUAGAUGCUGUUGAUCUGAACUUUCUAUUCAUCUGUGAAUCCUGAAAAAAUUAUAUUCAGCUGUUUUCAACAUAAUAAUAAUAAAUGUUUAUUGAGCAUCAUAUCAGAAUGAUUUCUGAAGGAUCAUGUGACCGGAGUAAUGAUGCUAAAAAUUCAGCUUUGAAAUCACAGGAAUAAAUAGUGUGUUUCUGAUUACAAAUUACAUGAUAAACUCGUUUACUCAUUUUGAGUAAUGUAUUUUGAUUACUUUUUAAAAUCAAACUUGUUUUAAACUUAACAUUAAAUGUACCAUAUUGAUAUACAAAACAGAGUAAGAAAAUAUAUUAUUUUCUAUAUCAACAACAUAAAAUGCAUUACACAUUACAUUAUUGAGUUGAUAGUGAGUAAACAGUGAGUUGAUCAAAAGUUAAUGACAAAUAAAAUCAUAAUUAGUCAAUAAAAUCCAUUAAUCUGUAACCCAUAAAUAUGUAACUGUAACCUGAUUAUGAGCAUAAUAGUAUCAAAUAUCAAUAUUUGACUCUUUACAAACUCACUGUAAGACAAACACUGGAUUCUUUAACAUUAUAUUUUAGCAGACAUUCCUCAUCUAGUCACACAUUACAAACAUCAGUGAAUUUCCACUGACUGAAGCGAGUGAGAAACUGAUCUGAGCCGUGUUUUGCUCACUGAUCACGUUCUCUCGCUGGCGGAUGAGAUUCAGUUAGUCAGUAACCAGAAUAACCAGCGCAAGUAUUUACAGCUGCAUUAAACUCAGUCAUAAUGUGAGUGAACGCUGAACAUCAGCUCAUUCACCGCUGGAAAAAUGUCAUGUUCGUUAAUCAAUAGGAAACUAUAAAAAUAAAAAGUCUAUUUUUACAAA